AUGCCAAGCGGAGGUAACGGAGCCAGCAACGGUGCCGUUAACUCAAGUUCCGCCGGCAACGCAGGAACAAGCGGAAAUGUUCCGGUUUUCAAACCUUACCGUCACCUGAAAACCCUAGAAGGACACACGGCGGCGAUCUCCUGCGUCAAAUUCUCCAACGACGGCAAUCUUCUCGCUUCCGCUUCCGUCGACAAGACCAUGAUCCUAUGGUCGGCGACGAAUUACUCUCUGAUUCAUCGAUACGAAGGUCACGCUCAAGGUAUCUCCGAUCUAGCCUGGUCCUCUGAUUCGCACUACACUUGCUCCGCUUCCGAUGACUGCACGCUUCGAAUCUGGGACGCUCGAGCUCCGUACGAGUGCCUCAAGGUGCUUAGAGGCCACACGAACUUCGUCUUCUGCGUGAAUUUCAAUCCUCCGUCGAAUCUCAUAGUUUCCGGAUCGUUCGAUGAGACGAUCCGGAUCUGGGAGGUGAAAACCGGGAAAUGCGUCCGCGUGAUUAAAGCUCACUCGAUGCCGGUUUCGAGCGUGCAUUUCAAUCGCGACGGAUCGUUGAUUGUCUCGGGAAGUCAUGAUGGUUCUUGCAAAAUCUGGGAUGCUAAAGAAGGAACUUGCUUGAAGACUCUGAUUGAUGACAAGUCUCCAGCUGUCUCUUUCGCCAAAUUCUCUCCUAAUGGCAAAUUCAUCCUCGUUGCCACUCUUGAUAGCACUCUCAAGCUGUCGAACUAUGCGACGGGGAAGUUUCUGAAAGUGUACACAGGGCAUACGAACAAAGUGUUCUGUAUCACAUCGGCGUUUUCUGUGACGAAUGGGAAGUACAUUGUGAGUGGAUCAGAAGACAAUUGUGUGUACCUUUGGGAUCUUCAGCACAAAACUAUACUGCAGAGACUUGAAGGCCACACAGACGCAGUGAUCUCUGUGACUUGCCAUCCUGUUCAGAACGAGAUAGCUUCGUCGGGGAAUCAUUUAGAUAAAACUAUCAGGAUUUGGAAACAAGAUGCUUGA